GUUGUGUAACACACUUGUGGCACUGGAUUAUCUUGUUCUUCUCUCUGUACCAAGGCUCAUAAAAUUCAGGCACUUCCCAGUCACUGGGAUUUCAGGCCUCAGCAGUGGUACCUGAUCUUCAUGAAAGGGUUUGAUCUGUUGUAUAUUCAGUAAAAACAUUUCCAGAGCUGCUCCUAAGGCAGAGACCAUGUAUGUUCCUGUGUCUAUACAGCAUCUAGGACCUCUGUGCUAAAUGGCCUGAAAUAAAGUGUCUCCUAAAGCCAUGUGGAAACACAGUGCUAUCCCCAUGGCGCCUUUUAAUAAACCAUGACAUGGUGAUAACAGGUGUUUGUUCAUCUGGGCUCCCAUAGGCUGGGAGAUCAUCCUUGUACCUGUUUCAUGGUAUGUUAUUGACCAGAAAAGUUCCUUCCCACUCUCCUAGCCAUCAGUGGAGGCAGAAUUGCAAAUUUGUAUCUCUGCUGUCCAAGGGAAAACACAAAAUUAAUGGGCUGGUAAAUUCACCAGAUUAAAUGGGUGGAAAGUACUUGAAGAGUGAGAUCCUUUAACAUGCUCUCUCAAGGGAAUGGAGGCAAAAGCACAGGGCUUUGAGAGUGUUUGUAUGGCUUUGAGUACAGCAGUAGCUUCUUUAUGCUUUGUUGGUUUAACUGUAUGGUUAAUAGCAUGUUUGUCCUUUUCUGCUAUUUUGGCAGGAUAGAGGUACUUGCAGACCCCAAGCCACUAUUUUGCCAAGUCAGCAGUCCCACGCUUGUAUGGGGAAACCAAGAGACGAUAUGGACCCUCUCACCUGGUGCUAUGACAGCUCGGCCAUCUGCAAGAACCUUGUAUCUGUGCAAGCCCAAGAAAGAUUUUACCAAGUAUGGGCGCAGUUGCAGACCAGUAAUCGGUGGGAAUCCCCUGCUAGUGAAGUAUGGCUACCCUUCUGAACGGCUGCUGAGGUUAUCUGAACCUAAAAAAUACCUUCCUGCUUACCUGGCGCAAAGAUCCCGUGAGUCCCCGGAGUGGCCUGUGUCCCUGGCUGCGCAGAACUAUAAUGCCUCCAAGCGGAUACUGCAGCUUGCCCAGCCAAAGGGGCUGCACCCAGACUUCAUGCCGCCCAGAGAGGUGCCAACAGAGGUUUCCAGCUUAGCAGUCUCGGCCAAAGCAUCGGCGCGGGUCCAGAAACUCGCAGAGCCCUUGAUCAGGGAGAUGACCUGCUGCCCCACGCACACCAAACCUGGUGUUGUCACGUCUACGGUUUCAUCUCGGAAGGUAGUUGCAAGCCCUCGGACCAUUGAGCUGUCGAAGCCCAAACAACUCCACCCUAAGUUCCUGCCUGCACGGGAUCCUGAGUGGCCUGUGACAAAGGCUGCCAAGCGUGCAGUGGCUACAGAAAGAAUUGUGGGGCUGGCCCAGCCUUCCGCAAGACCUCGUAUGGGCUUGACUGCACUCAACCCAGACGCAUUCAGAGUGAAAGAGAGUGCUCUGAAGGCAGUUUGUUCUCCACGGCUUGAAAAACUAGCUCAACCAAUUCAGCGCUAAGCUCCUUCAGAAACGCUCCUGCCGUCUGCCCACAUCACCCCUUGGAACGUCACUCUCUCUGGGCUGUGCUGUGGCUGGAACAUCUCUUUGAACACAGCGCAGAGGCAGCACUCAGCAGGAACGCUUUCUGGGAGUUAAAAUAAAAUCAUCAUUCCUUAAGAAUAGUCAUCAGGGAAAAUUACAGAAUUCAACUUAAUGUGGGAAGACUUUCUUCCUAGGAUAGGUUAUGUGUGGAGUUUCUGUCUUGAUUGUUUUGCUGUAAUAGUUUAAGAAGUAAUGAAACAGCUGCUGGGGGAAGGCAGCACAGGAACUGUCCUUUCAUGCAGGGAAGUGUGGCAAACUAAACUCAAAAGCAUGCAGUAAGUUGAUGCAAUGCAACUCCUCAAUUUGGGUUUAAAUUUUUUUGCUAAAGUUUUAGCAAAACUUUAGUUUAGCAAAACUUUUGACUGUCAGUAAGAAUAUCUUCUUACUGAGACUUAAAAGUUCUAUGCUUGUGACAGAAGUAGAAAUACAAAAGGCUACAAUGUAUGUUGAGUCGGCUUGGAUUUGGGGCCUGUUUUCUCAAAUGCCUGGAGAACAGGCAGAUCCAGUUACAUAGGUGGGUUUAAGCUGUGUGGUUCAGAUACUCAAUUGUGUGACCCUGGGCAAAAUAAGAGAGUUCUAUGUUGGGAUUUUUGGAGCCUAACUCAAAAAAGCAGAGUUCCCCUCAGUGUAAGAGAGAAGGAAAGUUGCAAAGGCUAAGCAGAAAACAAGUGUUGAUGCCAGAGUCUGCAGACCAAAUUCUGAACUCCAGUCAGGUCUGUGGGUGAGUCAGUUUGGCAUCUGGAUUGCAGAGGAACAACACAGUUGUUCCCCCCCUGUGCAGGGCAUGACAUAAAGGGAGAAUGCUUUUAUCUGCGUCCUACAGGGUCAGUGUGUUUUGCACUGGCUGCCCAACCACUGGCGACAGGCUGGAGAUACUGAGGCAAGAGAGAUGCUCACCAGUAAGGGACAAA